CGUUAUCAUCUCUCCCUUCGGCUUGAAAUCCCUCGUUACGCGAUGGCGGGGUUUGACUUUGACCGAUGAACAAUCACGCUAUGUCCUUCGUUCAUGUCAUUCCUCCUUCCCCCAGUCUCUUUCCUCACACCCACCACCACCACCACCACCCCCCUCACCCUCGCAUACAUCGAUCGAACCAGGAAUCGGAGUCGAGCCAUGGGCGUCACGGAUAGCGGUGGACAGGCCUUCGACCGAGCCCAGGAGCUCAAGCAGUUCGAAGAGUCCAAGCUCGGCGUCAAGGGCCUCCUCGACUCCGGCCUCGCCUCCCUCCCUCCCCUCUUCAUCCACCCGCCCGAGACCCUCUCCAACCUCAGGCCCGCCCGCCCCCGCCCCGGCUCCAUCCCCACCAUCGACCUCUCCGGCUGCUGCGACUCCGCCCGCCGCCCCGCCGUCGUCGGGGAGGUGGCGCGCGCCGCCCGCGAGCUCGGCUUCUUGCAGGUGGUCAACCACGGCGUGCCCGCGGAGGUCCUGGACCGCACCGUCGCGGCCGUGAAGGCCUUCCACGAGCAGCCGGCGGAGGCGAAGGCGAGGAUCUACCGGAGGCAGUCGGACACCGGCGUGUCCUUCUUCUCCAACGUCGACCUGUUCCUCUCCAAAGCGGCGAGCUGGAGGGACACGCUCCAAGUAAGGCUGGGGCCAAAAUUAGCAGACGUGGAAGAGAUCCCUGAGGUGUGCAGAAAUGAGGUGUUGGAGUGGAAUCAGCAGGUCGAACGGCUGGGGAGCAUCCUGCUGGGGCUGUUGAGCGAGGGGCUGGGAUUGAGUCCCGGCAAGCUGCAGGAAUUGACAUGUUUGGAUAUGAGGAUGAUGGUGGGGCAUUACUAUCCGUACUGUCCCCAGCCCGACCUGACGGUCGGCUUGACAUCCCACGCGGACCCAGGAGUGAUCACGGUGCUCCUGCAGGACCAGGUCGGUGGGUUGCAGGUGAAGCACGGCGAUGAGUGGGUGGAUGUGACGCCAGUCCCAGGUGCUCUUGUUGUGAACAUUGGUGACAUCCUUCAGAUCAUGUCUAACGAUGAGUACAAAAGCAUAGACCACCGGGUGUUGGCCAAUCCCAGCCAAGAGCCACGUGUGUCGAUAGCAGUUUUCUGCAACCCAAGCAAUCGUGAGAAUGAGUUCGGACCAUUCCCAGAGCUUGUGUCCUCAGAUAAGCCCGCUGCUUUUCGGCAGUUUACCUUAAACGAAUACAUGAGGAGAUUCUUUACUAAGGAGUUGGACGGGAAAAGUCUAAUAAAUUACUUCAGAGCAUGACUGAGAGGUGCAUAGGUCAAAAGAGGUGACAAAAGAAUAAGCUGCUUCCUUGUAAUACUGAAGGAAAUACUGAGUUCUUCCCCUAAACUCUACUAGACCUUGUGUGAUUGUUGUUCUUAUAAUGUUAAUUUGCAUAUAUUCGUUUGCACA